AUGGAUAACGGCCUUGCAGUCCCCCCCGCCGCAGCUUCUCACCUCAUUUCCUCCUUCACAACCUUUUUAACCCUAACUAUCCAUACCCUCCUCUACCACCGCGGCCUUUACCCUGCAACAACUUUCCUCACCACACGUGCUCUCAACCUCCCUGUCCACCAGUCCCGCCAUCCCGGUCUCUGCACGUGGAUAAACGAUGCUAUCGCUGCUUUAUCAGCACAGUUACGCAAGGGGACGGUGAAGCGGGUAGCGGUUGUCAUGCACGCUGCGCAUACUUUUGAUGUGCUUGAGCGAUGGGUGUUUGAUGUAGCGGCUUUCCCUGGCGGAUGGGGUGAUAGGGACCAGAUGACUUAUAACCCUGCUUUGGUGGAGGGUGUUGAUGAGCAGAGUGGUGUGAAUUGGACGGACGUGAGCCAGGCUCUCAGGGGAGCUCUUAGAAGGGUCUCGCAUGAAGCUGAAAAGAUGACUCCUUUACCUGACGGUAGCACUUUUACAGUUGCCGUUGAGCUACGUGAUGAAGCCAACGCCCCGAUAGGUCAAUCACAAGAUUGGAUUCCUUCCCAACCACAUCUUCAACCACCAACAGACACUUCUCUAAGUCAGGGAUCGUCUCUUGGAGGACAAAGCACAACACCACUUCGAGCCGUUAAAGCUGGCCCUCUCUUUUUCGAGUGCUGGAUCGAGCAAAGCGAUCCGCAAUCACCAUCACCAUACCCAUAUGAUACCCAAUUUAGAACAUAG